CACGCCGCGACCGACCACGCGCUCAAUUCCGCCGUCUCGCAUCCCUUGUCGUGUCGAAACGUGACGCUUUUCACGAUUAUCUCGCAACCGAUUCUCACCGGUGAUUUUCCUGCUUCGAGUGGUCUGGUUCCGCUCUCCAGGCUCAAGAGCCAGGGCUGGCGCUCCUGCAUUGUCGAGAUUUUUCUCCCGACCCAGACGGAAGUGGAUCAAAAGAAAACCAACUCGUGCUCACGGCUGCAGCAAAAGGAGCGAUAUUAGGCAAGAUUCUCGGAUCCAAUUAUGCAGACGUUCUGCCCUCGCGUGUAAAAUUACGACUGGGUUCCUUCAUUGUUGUCGUGUAGGCAAAAUCAUUUACGCUCAAGAGGAGGCAUAGUUACAAUUCCUUUCAAUCAAGGCGUUUGCAGCUCUUGUUCGUUGUAUUAAUCGUCUUUACGGUCAAAGUUUUCAAGUAACGUCACUUGAAAAUCACACAAAGUCGACACAACUUGGUUUUUUCGUCGUUACUAGUAACGGAAACAGCUGUUUAGACCAAAUCACCUAUCCCGAGGAGGAACAUUUCUUUCAAUCGAGUUGUUUGCAGCUCCUAUUCGUAGUUUCAAUCAACUUUAAGAUAGAAUCUUCUAAAUGAAGGACUAUUUAAAGAAUCUAUCGAGGAGGCUCGAGAAUCACUAACGUUGCUUGACUUUUCAACAGAAAAACCUGAGGCACCCGUCAUUUCAUAAAAAGAAGAAAAAAAUCUGUUCUUACAUUCGAAGUAAUUUCAAGAGUAGAAUUUUACUUAAUAUUUCGAUAAACGUAAUCCCUGAUGAAGUAAAAUCUCUAUGUUUACUUAUGAUCCCUUCUUACAAUCUUUCAACUUAGGAAGGAUUUUGUUCAGAGGGGAAAACCCUCCAAUCUCCUACGCUCGUAAUUCUUCUUCGAUAUUGUGCGUUGAAAUUUUUACCGAUAGCUUAAAAUACAAAAAUUUGGGUCUGUUACCACCAUUUAUAUCAUUGUCGGACGCGAUUAUUGCAUUGCGUGCAGCGUUCAUCAAACUUUGAGGGCACCUGCUUUGAAUUGAUACCGGCUCUCAAUAGCGAAUCAGUGCGUGAAAAUGGAGUGCCUGCUAUCGAGUAGUCGCGUGAGCGCGGAUUGGUGUUUCGCGUGUUGCGUGCGGCGAGAUUCGAAGGCGCGGGUUAGGAUGUGAUCGCGGCCGAAAUAUGUGCUGCGGUGAUACGAGUAGUGCUCUGAGCCGGACCGGGAUUCUCAUCGGCUUGAUUUCCGUCGUGACACUUGUGACCGCGUUUGUGAGCAACGUCUGGCUCUUCACCAAAGAGCCCAUCCUCCUGCCCAACUCCAACGUACCGACCACCGUCUCCUUCAAAAUUGGACUCUGGAGGGUUUGCCCCAGCAUCAAGAGGAUUAACAAUUCUCAGAAUUUACCGUCUCCAUCGUGCACGCUGAUCAAAUAUUCAAACUGGGAGGAAAUCCGGCACUCAGAUUUGGGAAUCUGGACUCACCUGGAUUUCACUCCCGCUGUAGUGACUCGAAUGAGGCUGUCCACGCCAUUCGAAGGAUUGAGCCUGGCGCUGAUGAUUCUAGCUACAUUUUAUGCCGUCAUUGGACAUUGCAACAGUGACAAAAAAACCUUGGUGGCCUGCGCUCUGUACACAUUAGCAGGGCUCUGUCUGGCGGGCGGUUUGCUGAUCUUUGCCUCGGUCCUGAGCGAUGCCUUCUUCGGGCUCCCGCACUCGGCGGCCUUCUCCCGUCAGCUCAGCUACCUGAACGCCCAAAGCCCGCCACCCCCGACCGUGGACUACCGCUACGGCUGGUCCUUCUUCGCCGCCGGCGCCGCCUUCAUCCUCACCGAGAUCGCCGCUGUCUUCGCCAUUUCCGCCUACCUCCGCCGCUACCGGAGCGUCGAGGAGAUGGUCAGCAUCAUGGUGCCCGGCGCUCGCCGCAAGCUCUGCGAGAUCACCUACGCUCAGAAGAUACUCGAGGCCGAUGUCGUCGAGAAAAAACCCACCAGCUCUCCGUUAAAAACAUCCGAUCUUCCUCCAGAUAUCUGCCCGGCGGAGAAGAGCGCCUUGCUUGAGCCCGCGGAAGCGGGCUCCACCCACGAGGGCUCCCUUAGCGGUAGCGACGCCGAUUUUACGAUUAAAAUCAAACCGGUUGGUAAAUAUACGCUCAAUAGCCGGUCAUUCUGCAAGGCGGAGCACCUGCCGCAGUGCGGCGUCAAAUGCGCGGCGAACGCGAACCGGUUCGCGGCAGCGAGUCUGCCGCGACAGCGGGCGAGUCAGCGGGCGGCGUUGGAACUAACCGAUGCACACGCCCCCUGGCGAGAGGUUGAGUCUCCGAGCAGUUCAGGGUCCUCCGUGCCGGAGGAGGCGCCGCACUGCGACUGCCGCCAUGCGCAGUUCCGGAGCUUGCCGCGACGCAAGGGAACGGCGGCGACGCGGAAUAGCCUGCACUCGCUGGCGAUCAAGUGCGAGAACCAGUUGCCCAUACUGCCGGAGAGUGCUCUGGCGAGAGAUUUGUGACCUAAGCUCUCCGAGGCUCUUCCAGGACGAGGGGGAUUGGGUAAAAGGGGUUUGAAUGGUGGAGGUGUGGAGUGGUGUGUCUGUGAGGGGGGGUUAUGUGAAGGAAAGUAAAACGAUGAGGAAAAUGAUUCCAUUACUGACCUCCUGUUGACCUCCUACGAAGAGGUCUUUAUAAGACGUUAGACGUAAAGGCGCACUUAUGGUCUGGAAGUCCGGGUCUUGAGGAGGGAGGGGGGAGGCUUCAUUUUUACGCAUACUGUCGCGGCUUUUUUGUUGUUUUUUCGGCGUGAAACAAACCCUUAGGCUUCAAGGACUUAAAACAAUAUGAUAGAGGCAAGGCAGGUUUCGGAGGCUUGAAAAAAGUAGGGAGCCCACCUAAGCCCGUCUAGAUACAACGCCUCUGAUCAGGUGCCAGGGAGAAAAAUUGUAGAUAUCCCCGUCAAAAUUUAUGACACCUUGGCUGGAUUUUUCGAUCGGAAACUACGCUGAAAUAACUUGCAUAUGCUUAAAUAGGAGGUGAAAUUUCAGAUAAACAUUGUCUCUAGACAUUUUUUAAUGGAGAGAGAAAAAAAAAAAAAAAAAAAAAAAAAAAAAAAAAAAAAAACUUCC